AUGGCAAACCCGCACUAUGGCGACGGCGCACGACGUGGCAUCACUGGAUGGUCGCCUGAUCUGGCUCUGUGCAAUCUUUUCUUAGGCCAGGCCCUACUCAUCCCGGAUCUUCUGGCUGCUACGGAAAGCAUCUGCAGCUCACAAGCACGUGCGAGCCACCGAAGUGGUCCGUCAGGACAUUCAAUCAUGGUCACGGAUCUCCAGCCUCGUUGA